AUGUUGACGAGGAUCCAUGCGCCCGCUGUGUGUCGUGCUGAUGAUGAAUCAGUGCCAGAUUCAUGCGAAAUCCCAGAUGGAAGUCCCGAUUGGUCCAUUCAUGGUUUAUGGCCAAACUAUAAGAAUGGCAGUUAUCCACAGUUCUGCGACGGUGUACCGAAGAAAUUUGACGGCAAGCUGAUAGAGCCCAUCGAGCGACGCUUAUCGAAAGCGUGGCCGAACCUCUAUCCAACUAAAAGUGCCCGAUCUCUGUGGAAACAUGAGUGGGAGAAGCACGGAACGUGUUCUCAAAAUCUUCGAAAUUUAUCCUCAGAGCUGUUAUACUUCAAUGUGGAUAAAGCUCUCGGCAUUGAUCAAUCCCUGAGUGGUGUGCCAUCGGUAAUUUUAGGCGGGUUGGAAGCGUGGUUCUUCAACCUUAAAGUUCGUAUCGCUUUGAAUCAUGAGUUCAAAAUUGGAAACAUGCGAUCCAUUAUAGCUAAGAAAUAUGGCUACGGAAACGUUUUCGAGCUGCAAAUGUGA